GGGGGCGUGGCCUAGCGUCGCGUGACAGGCAAUUCACAGCGUUCUAGCACCUGCAGGUCCGACGUGGUCUCGCGCUGCACCGCUCCAGAUGUCAGUGAUGUAAUGGCAACGGAUGGUGGUUGUUAGUGUAUGAGUCGGCACAGCCUUCUUCCCAGCGAGACGGAGGCAAACAAGGGACAAAUAGGAAUCUACAGGCUAGAGUGAAAGAUCACGUCACCCUGCUGGUUCAGAGAUACAGUGAUGGAGUCCACCCCAGGAGAAGGGAGUGGAAACACAGAAGAUGUGACAGGGAGGAAGAAGUCAAGGUUCAGGUUCCUCAAAGUGCGUCUUUUUGGCCGUCUGAAGAAAAAGGAGGCCGAGGGACGGAUGAAGCAGAGCCAGUCUACUGGCGAUGUUACGGCACAGGAGGGUGGGAGAGGCGAGGAUGACUCAGAGGAUGAUUGUCACUAUCCAGAGGGAGCAUUAAGCUCCAGGGCAUUGUCUCAUGACAGCAUCUUCCUGGCUGAUCCGGGUCAGUCCUCACAGCCAGCGAGGGUUCUCUCACAGGAGAAUGUUCAUAGUAAGAUUAAAGCUCUGCAGUUGAAGCUUCAGCAACAGAACAUGCGACUGGCUCCUCCAUUGUUGAUUCCUGGAAAGCGAAUGGAAGACUCUGGAACAACUUCAGAGGAUGAUGGCUUGCCUCGUAGUCCUCCUGAAAUGUCCUUCCAAGAGGUAGCCAUGCGAAGGGGAGCCUCUAAGUAUCCCGAAGCUAAAAGCCAGCUCAGCUUGUUAAGUUUAGGGGGAACGGGCAGUGAAGAGGAAGAGCAGGGUGGUUUCUCACAGCCCUCAUCAAGACCACUUUCUCCAGUUCCCUAUCUUUCCAUAACAGAAUCCCCCUCUCCUGGUGUGGAUUUCACAAGCCCCGCCCAGUAUGUCCCCAUCUUAGACAAUUCAGCCGCUCGUCAUCGCAUGUCCAUCAAGCCCAGGAAUCAGCGAGCUAGCACCAAAGGAAAAAAACCACCUAAUCUGUAUCGUCCACGGUCCAGCAGCAUGAACAGCGUGGAUGAGACACUUUCAGAGAAAGAAGAGACACGGCAAAAUGUCACACCUACGCACCAUUACUCCUACACCUCUGAAGAAUCAACCCAAGCUGAAGAACCUUUAGAAGAAUCAGAGAAAGUGACACUGUUGACCGCCAGUCCAAGGAGUCCUUUAAUCAAAAAUACAGAGCCGAUCCAACAUGAGGACAAAACCAACACAGUUUCCUCCGAUGAGAUCACAGUCCUGCAUGCUUCAAACCACACCGGAGAACCUCUGGCAAAAGAACCUUCAAAUGAUAUUAAUAAAAUUAAUAUUAAUGAAGACCAAGCUUCUUUAAUACCUCUGUCCAUUUGUUCAUUGGAUACAGCAAGUGAUUAUAAUGUUAGAAAAGAAAGAACUGAUAGCAGCUUUGCAGCAAGCAGCAUAGAUCAAAUGGAGUCACCGAAAUCACCCAAAGAUUUGGAUGUUUCUAAACCACUAGAAACUAUAACUAGGCUUCAUCCUGUUCCUGUUCCUGCACCACGCACCAAAACGCCAACCUUAUCAAACUUAAAUAAAGUUCCUCCUAAAGUAUCUGGUUUGAAACCUGUUGAGGCUGAAAAGGACACACCAUCAUCUUCAGGCCUGGCAGAAUCACCAAUAGAAGAUGAUAAACCACUACGACCCAGUUCAUUCCGUUUUAGCAUCGCGUCCGCAAAAUAUCGCUCCAAGACCAGUGACGAGAACGUGGCUAAGCAGGAUGAAGAAAACUCUGGUUACACACAGAAGAGCCAAAGCUACAACCAGAACUUGGUAGUACAAAUGGAAAAAGUGGAAACCACAAAAUCCAAUGAGGCUUGCAGAAAUAUUCCCUCAGCUCCAGAUAAAAGAAACAGUUUGGGGAAGGACAUAGUAGUCCAGAAUGUCUCAAAGACAGGAGUAGUUGACAAUCCAGAAAAGUCUGAAGGAUGCACACAGAACACCGACUAUCUAAAAGCAGAGGAACCUGAGGACAGGAGAGGUCUUUUUGGGGUUAAGCUGCGAAGCACGUCUCUGUGUCUAAAGUAUCGGUCUGAACUGCCCAGGACAGAGGCUGAGAUGAAGCGACAUAGUCUGGAAGGAGAACUUGUUCUAGCAGUAAAGGAACCAGUUUCCAGUGACGUGGAAGCAAUCGGUAACGACAGGAAAGUUAACGUACAGCAGAGCUUGGAUAUACAACAAGAUCCGUCUUUAGAUAAAGGCAGUGAAGCAGACAGAAGACCUGAACCCGCAUGGAAGAGUCUUACUAGAGAAAAAGCUAGAGUCCAUCAGUCCUUCCGCAGUAAAUCACCUACGCAGCCAGCUUCUCCAACAUCUUUAUGUACACCUCCAUCCUCCUCCACUCAACAACUUUCUAAACCAGCCCUGCAGCCUAGACCACAGUUACCUUCCACCAGCAAACCCCAACCAGUUACUCAAUCAUCACAGCAAAUUCCACCCAAAACAGCUCCAAGGGCAAUGGAAAGAUGGACCAAUCAGAGAGAAGAGAAGAGUUCUGUGAGCCAGUCAGCACAGAGAGAUGAGUUAUUGGAUAAUAAGGGACAAUCAAAACCUGGAGCUAAAAGUAACACUCAAACAGAGCCUGAUCAGCAGCCUCCAUCAGACAGAGCUGAGCCGACAUGGAUGGAACUUGCCAAGAGAAAAUCUCUGGCCUGGAGCGACAAGACCUUAGAGUUUAUGAAUUUUUAAUGAUAGAAAUAGGUUCAAAAUACACAUUUGAUGGACACUUGACAGAAUACAUGUUGUUUUGUAAAUACAGACUGGUUAAAUAUCUAGAUCUAUUGAAAAUAAUUGAAAAAAACUUCGAUACACAACUUUAUAGACUGGAACAGUGAUACAAUUCUAUAAUGAAAUACUUUAAAUUCAUAUUAAUAUAUUAUUUGUAUAUGUGUUUUACCAAAUUCAUUCCUUUGCAGUAUGGAAUAAAACCAUAAAUUCAACUAGUUUCGAAAAUUGAAAAAUAUAUAUUUCAAAAUAUUCUUGUUUACUGAUGAGCAGAAACACAGCGUAUUGUUUUAUUACGGUUUCCUCUUAAUGCACGUCACCUUCCACAUUGUUCAAUGGAAAUUAGUUAAUUUAAUUCGUAUAAUUUAAUUUAUUAAUACCCAAUCUCUUAUGUCCUAUUCAUUGAUGAGCAUCAGUGUGGAAAGGAAUUUCAGCUGAGAUUGAGGCAAGUUGUGACACCAAGUCCCUGAGCUGCAACAUGCAACAUGUGGAAGCUAGUAUUGUUUCAGUGCUGUUGACAAAAUGGAAAUAAAGUGGCAUUUUUGCAUAAUUGUAAUAAAGCUUCACUCCAUUCAAAUUACUGAGCUGUGAAACAUCUGCACCUCCGAGUCGCGUAUAUAGCAAACAUGUUGAUAUUAAGCUCCAUAAGCUACACUAUAUUGCCAAAAUGUUUUGGGACACCCCUCCAAAUCAUCGAAUUCAGGGCUCCUCAGUUCCAGUGAAAGGAACUCUUAAUGCUUCAGCAUACCAAGACAUUUUGGACAAUUUCAUGCUCCCAACUUUGUGGGAACAGUUUGGGGACGACCCCUUCCUGUUCCAGCAUGACUACACCAGUGCACAAAGCAAGGUCCAUAAAGACAUGGAUGAGUGAGUUUGGUGUGGAGGAACAUUACAGAGGCCUGACAUCAAGCUGAUAGAACACCUUUGGGAUGAAUUAGAGUGGAGACUGUGAGCCAGGCCUUCUCAUCCAACAUCACAAAUGUGCUUCUAGAAGAAUGGUCAAAAACACACUCCUGAACCUUGUGGAAAGCCUUCCCAGAAGAUGCUGAAGCUGUUAUAGCUGCAAAGGGCGGGCCAACUCCAUAUUACAUUCAUGUGCAUGUAAAGGCAGACGUC